AUGGAAUCCGUCGAAGUUGACCUGUACAACCAUUGGUCCAUGCUCGAAUAUCCGGAGAUUCGUUUCACCUGGGUCAUCAGUAACUUCAGCGAGUGGAUUGCAACCAUCAAACGGCAAAAGGAGUGGGUCGCAUAUUCGCCGCUCUUUCCGCGCGAACCGUGCCCUACAAAGUGGAAGCUGAUGUUCCGGAUCGAGAGGGAACGCGACGGCGAUGAAAAGAUUUCGCUUUUCCUUUGCCCGUUGAUGGGACCGAGUAAUUUGGAGGUUUUCUUCCAUUUCAUGUUCUAUGACAAUCUGUACGUGCCACGUAUGGCAGAAUUGGACUUGUCUUUUACGCCAACGGAUAAGCUUCUUGGCUACGAGGGCUUCUACGAUCUGCCAAAGCUGCUCGCAGAUAACGAACCACGAGGAAAUACGGUAAAGUUUGCCUGUAUUGUGACGAUCAUGGAAAAGCUUAGAUCGCUAGACAAUUGCGAAAAAGUGCAAAAGCUGCACGUGGCCAACGCCAAGCUGAACGCCGACAUGGAAAAGCUGCUGUACAUGGAUAAGUUUGGCGACGUGGAGCUGGUGGUCGGAAAUCGUACGUUUACGACGUACAAGGGCAUUCUGGCUGCCCGCAGCACCGUGUUUGCGAACAUGUUCCAGGGGCAGGCUAAGCGCUUCACCGUCGACGACGUGGAACCGGAAGUGUUCCAAGAAGUGCUUCGUUACAUUUACACCGACCAGGUGUCUGAUCUGGGAAGUAUGAAGUUCAAGCUAAUGGGCGCCGCUCACCGGUACAACAUCGCCUCAUUGAUAGAACUUUGCAAGCAGGCGUUCUUAGUGGGGGAGCUUUCGCUGGACACAUUUGCGGAUGCGCUGAUAGCGGGGUCGAUCUAUGAAGUACCUGCAGUCAAGAUAUACGCUUUGUGCUACAUUGAAGAAGGACCGGUUGGGUUUACGCAGACCCGUGGCUGGAAGGAGCUGGUCGAAGCGCACCCAAGCUUGGCCAACGAGGUGGUCGAGUUGCUGCUCAUGCUGGCAAGUGAUCUGAAUAAGAAGUACAGUUUCAGCUAG